AUGGACCGUGACCAAAUCCUCAGUGCAACCGCCGUUCGCCGGUUGGUUGCUAGUGGUAAGCACAUUGUCAUUUCAGAGGGCAGAGUGUUGCAAUUGGAUGGCUGGCUCGACAAACAUCCGGGGGGCAAGCUUGCCAUAAUGCACAUGGUGGGAAGAGAUGCAACCGACGAGAUCAAUAUUUAUCACUCCACCGCAACCUUAGCCACCUUGCAUCGCUACAGGAUAGGCUUCAUUGUGGGACACUGGACCAACCUCACCCCGCCUAUCAGAGGGGGCGUCCAUCUAUUGACAUCGGACGAAAACACAAGCGACGACGCCAGUGACAUAGACGACCUCAGCGAUGCCUCGACCCUGUGCACCCGCACCACCUCCCUUGACAUCGACCCUGCUAGAGACGAAGCACUCCGGGAAAGAAUCGCACUUGGAUCUGACCUGGAUGGGCAAGAGGAUGGACUUCUGCAAGUCCCAGGUAGCGGGCGGAAACGCGGCUCCGGAAAAGCGCGGAUCCUGAUCACACCCGAGGCAUACAUUGGUAAAGUCAUGCAGGGUGAAGUCGACGACAGCCUGAGAGACUAUCCCUCGCUAGAUGAAACGACCCAGAGAGCCAUCUCGUCAGCAUACCGGGAGCUUCACCAAGAGGUCAAAGAUAAUGGACUGUACCGGUGCAGGUAUUUCGAGUAUGUGAAGGAGUUGACCAGAUACCUCAGCAUCUUCGCCCUAUUCUGUACCGCCCUACACUGUGGCUGGUAUCUAACCUCGGCAGCCUUCCUAGGUCUAUUCUGGCAUCAGAUCAUGUUCACGGCCCACGAUGCAGGACAUCGGGGCAUUACCCACAAUUUCGUCGCCGACAACCUCAUUGGCCUCUUCAUCGCCGACUUCUGCUGUGGGCUGUCAAUAGGAUGGUGGAAAUCCAGCCACAAUGUGCAUCACAUCAUCACAAAUCAUCCAGAGCACGAUCCAGAUAUCCAGAACGUGCCACUCUUCGCCACAUGCCCUUCGUUCUUCAAAUCACUCCGCUCCACCUACUAUGACUUCACAUUUGUGUGGGACAAGGUCGCCGACUUUGCUGUCGCUUACCAGUACUACACCUACUAUCCGAUCAUGGCUGUAGCACGCUUUAAUCUCUAUGCGCUCUCCAUGCAUUACCUCUUCACUUCACCUCGGCCAAAAAGUCGCAUCACAUCCUGGGUUUGGCCCGCCGAGAUCGCGUUCAUUGUGUGCUAUUGGCUUUGGUUCGGCUAUGGUAUUGUCUGGCUCACACUCCCGGACUGGCCCACUCGCAUCCUUUUCGUCUUGCUCUCGCACAUGAUCACGAUGCCUUUGCACAUUCAAAUCACCCUGUCACACUGGGCCAUGCCAACGGCCGAUCUCGGUGACGCAGAGUCUUUUCCGCAACGUCAACUCCGGACCACCAUGGACGUUGACUGCCCGGAAUGGCUGGACUUCAUUCACGGGGGGCUGCAAUUCCAGGCUGUGCAUCAUUUGUUUCCCCAGGUCCCGAGACAUAACCUGAGGAAAGUCCAAUCCCUGGUGCAGAAUUUCUGCAAGGAGACGGGUGUCAAGUACACGAUCUACGGCUUCAAGGAUGGGAACAAGCAGGUCUUGGGACGGCUAGCUGAGGUGGCGGAUCAGAUGAACAUGAUGCUACAGUGUCAGAAAUACAUGGCCGAGACCAGGAUCAGCGGGCUGCAUUGAUGAGUGGCUAGAGUGUCAAUUCCUCUUCGCUUUGAGAUUUUAGACUGGUGAGACAACAAAAGUUACAACGAUUUCGGGACGAGACCGACGAUGCGUUGCACCCUUUCAGCAUCAUAUUCUUUCAUCUUAUUCAAACUUGAAAAUUGUGCGUCAUCUCCAGCUGGUCGCCUCUAGCUGGCCGCCCCUUCGGUGAGGAUUUUCGACACCGGGCCGUAUGGGAGUCGCCAUGGAAGCGGUACGAAAAGAUCUACGACCUUGAACUU